GCGGGAGGGCAGGAUCGGAGAGGAGCCGCGGCUGCAGGAGGCGUGACGCUCAGCUGACUGCUGAUUUAAAGGGAAGUGAAUUUCUGCUGCGCAACAAACCCCACAGCCCGACUUCUUGAUCCGCAGCAGUUUGUGUCGCGGGAGAAAAAGACGCGAAAAUGUCGAUGACCGUCAAAGCUUACCUCCUGGGGAAGGAGGACAGCCACAGGGAGAUUCGGCGCUUCGCCGUCGACCAGGACGUGUCGACAAGUUUCGAGUACCUGAGCCGCAAAGUGGUGGAUGUUUUUACCAACCUCCGGAAUGCCACAUUCCAAAUGUACUACAAAGAUGAGGAUGGUGACAUGAUUGCCUUCUCCACUGAUGAUGAGCUCAUGAUGGGAUUGACUCUGGUGAAGGAAGACACCUUCCGUCUCUUCAUUAAGGAAAAAAAGGAGCACAAGCGUGACUUCUCUCCACAUGGGUUUCCAGGGUUUUCCUUUGGCCAUCCUCCAGGACCACAUCACAUGGGGCCACCUGGGCACCAUCAUGGUGGACAUCAUGGCGAACAUCAUGGGGGACAUCAUGGAGGACAUCACGGAGGACAUCAUGGUGGGCCCCAUGGACCACCUCCAAAUGGACCACCUCCACAUAUGGGCCCACCUCCACACCAAGCUCCCCCCAUGAUUCACCCUGGUGUGACCUGUGAUGGAUGUGAGGGCCAAGUGGCUGGAACUCGCUUCAAGUGCACUUUGUGCCCAGAUUAUGACCUUUGCUCCACCUGCCAGGCCAAGGGCCUCCACAAGGAACAUCCUCUCCUGCCCAUUUUCCAUCCCAUGGCCAACAUGUUUGAGUGGUUCCCACGUGGUGGGAAGUUUUGGCGCAAGAUGAGGCACUGCAUGUGGGCUGGUGCUCAGGCCCAGGCCCAGGCCCAGGCUCAAAACCAGAACCAAAACCAGCCUCAACCAGGUCCAUCUGGAACUCAGCCCAGCUCCCAGGAGGAAAACAUGCAGGAUGACCAGGCCCAAAAUGGAGCUCCUAACUCUGCCCAGGCCAACAUGGAGUACCUUAAGAACAUUGGCGAGGGUGUAGCUGCUAUGCUAAGUCCCCUUGGUAUAGAUGUGGACAUUGAUGUGGAACAUGAUGGGAGAAGGGCCAAAGUGACACCGACUCCUCCUGCUACAAGCGGUCCUUCAAGUGGCCGAAGUGAUGGUGGUUCAGGAGGUCUCCUUUCCAGGGGUGCAGAUGGGGGUCCGAUGAGUUCUUUUAGCACAGGCAGCACCACUGAGGGGGGGAAGGAGCAGAGUAAUGAUGAGGAAUGGACUCAUCUGAGCUCAAAGGAAGUUGAUCCAUCUACAGGAGAGCUGCAAUCACUCAGAAUGGAGGUGGAUAGCCAGGGAGUGGUGGAGGAUCCCCCUGCCCCUCUCAGCACCAACUCCACCACUAACCAAGGUCCCACUGGUCUGCGUGAAGCUGCCCUCUACCCACACCUGCCCCAAGAUGCAGACCCUCGGCUGGUGGAGUCCCUGUCCCAGAUGCUAUCCAUGGGCUUCACAGACGAAGGUGGCUGGCUGACCAGGCUGCUCCACACUAAGAACUACGACAUUGGUUCAGCCCUGGAUACCAUCCAGUACUCCAAACCACCUGGUCCACGAAAAUGAAGGGCAGCAACAGCUCCGUAAAAUAGGGGUUAUAGUAACUGAAUCAUUUUGAAGACCCCAUGCUAGCACUAUUGCAAUCUCUACCAACUCUGCCUUUCCUACAUAACUGAUUCCUUUUAUAAUGUUGACAAUAGAAAUUACUCAGGCAUUUUGAAGAAAAUUGAUUUCUAACAUUUUAUUGUCAAUAUUUUUCUGUAAAGAGAUACAGCAUGGCACUGAAACAUUUAAUAACUACUAACAACAAAACAGAGAAUGCCAUGAAUAAGAAUGUUUCAUAAAUUGGCUAUAAUUUUAUACAAACAUAACACAGAAAUGUUUUAGUCUUAUUUCCUGAAUUGGUAAGAUGAAAACACAAAUGUCUAAAACAAAUGUUUCUGCAUAUCUCAAAUGGUAUAAUUUACUUUAAGAUGUUAUGAAAUAUAUAUAGGAGUAUUUUGUUAGUCACAAUGAAUAGGAAUGAUGGUUAUAUUCUUUCACACUUUCCUGCCCUGUCUGUCAAAUAAAACAAAAUCUGUCUGCAAGAA